ACGCGAUGUCGUCAGCCAAGUCCUCUUGUACGGCUGUCUCUCGCUAUCUAGAACACGCAGCCUGUAUUUUGCAAGGGAUGUUUCGUCUUCGGAGUCGUCGCCAACUGUGUGAUGUUGUCUUGCGUGUUGGCUCUCGGCAGAUUUUUGCUCAUCGAGCUAUUCUGGCAGCAAACUGUGCAUACUUUAGAGCUAUGUUUACCAGUGGACUAAGCGAAUGCGAUCAAAAGAGCGUAUUAAUAAAGGGGUUGGACGGAGAAGCUGUAGAUUCUUUGGUAGAAUUUAUCUACACGUCAAACUUGAAUGUCCGCGUAGACAAUGUCAUCCAACUUUUGACGGCCGCCGACUGUUUCCAGCUAGCUUCUGCAAAAGUCAUAUGUGUAGAGUUUCUCAAGCAGCAUUUGUCUGUGACAAAUUGUUUAGAAAUUCGUGAGUAUGCGGACCAUCAUUUCUGUGCUGAUUUAGAAUUUGCAGCGCGUGCAUUUGCUCACAGCAACUUUGGUGAGGUUGCAAAAACUGAAGAAUUUUUGCACGUGGAGUAUGAAGAUAUCUUGGCAUUGAUAACCAAUGACUUCUUGAAAGUUGAAAGUGAAGAGGAAGUGUUUGAGGCUGUUGUCAAUUGGGUUAAGCAUGACCUGCCUUCACGUCGUUGGCUUUUUUCUCGUCUUUUAAGUCAUGUUCGACUGCCAUUUGUAGCAACUGAAUUUUUAGCUGACAGAAUAGCAACUGAUUGUUUGGUGCAGGAAGACAAAGUUUGUCAGGAGCUUGUACAUGAAGCCUUUACUUAUUUACUAAGUCCAAGACAAAGACCAGUCAUUGCUUCUUUAAGCCAGCGGGCUCAGCCAAGACGAAUGUCUUCUUUGCAACAAAUGGUAAUAGCUGUGGGUGGACAGAGUGUUCAAGGUACUCUGCAGUCUGCUGAGCAGUACAAUCCAAGCCUUGAUGAAUGGCAGCCAAUGCCAGAUCUGACAUUUGAGCGAUAUGGAUUGGCACUGCUAUGCUGUGAUAAUCGUCUACAUGCUUUUGGUGGUUGUAGUUCCUCAUCUGGUUUUCAAACUGCUGUAGAAGUGUUUAGUUCUCAGAUAGACAAAUGGCAGAUAGUCAUGGGCAUGCAACCAAGAAGGUAUUUUGGAGCAGUUGAAGUGUGUGGUAUGGUGUACAUGGCUGGUGGACAUAAUGGCACAACUACUCUUUCUACUCUGGAAUGUUUUGAUCCGUCAACGAAAUCAUGGUUAACUUUGGCAUCUUUGAGCUCACCAAGGCUCUAUCCUGGGUUGGUCAAUGUCGAAGGAAACCUGUUUGUAGUAGGUGGCCACUGUGGAAAAGUUAGGCUUGACUCUGUAGAAUCCUAUAACAUUCAAAGAGACGAGUGGCAAAUUGUCGCUUCGUUGCCAACACCAUCCAGUGUCGUAGCCACAGUUGCUGUAAGUAAUUUUGUUUAUGCGAUUGGAGGAUAUAAUGGAGAGUCACACUUGUCAACUGUCAGUGUGUAUAGUCCAGAGGUUGAUAAGUGGACCAUUGGACCAACUCUACGGUUGCCUCGGUCAGCUGCAGCUGCAGUAGAAUGUGGAGGCUGUAUCUAUGUGUGUGGUGGAUUCAAUGGAACUUUUCUCAAUUCUGUUGAAAGACUGGAUCCGAGGACACGUGAUUGGUGUGCAGUAGGUGCAAUGAGUUCUUCAAGAGCACACUUUGCUGCAACUCUUUUGUAAUGUUUAUAAACGUAACACAAGUUCAACUACAUUGCUCUAAUAAUACAGUUCUGCAAGUUUUAUAUAUAAUUUUGAAUUUACUAGACUUAUUGUCAAAUUAUCCUUUGUAGAGACAGCGUGUUUUCAUAAUAAAUUUUGUGAGACAAUAGCAAUGUGCAUGCAUUUUGGACACGUUUGUGGCUUCAUAUUGCAAUGUGUAGGGUAAUAAGGUGACUUCUGUGCCUCUACAUUGUACCCUAAUUAUUCUAAUUGAAAGCACCUUUUAAUAUGUAAUCAAUAUCAAUCUAAAUGGCUC